AUGUCCUUCGUGAGUUGGAACAAAUUAACUUUGGCUGAACUGAAGGAGUUGUGUUUAACUUGCGGGUUAACCUCAGGAGGGAAUAAGGAAGAGUUGGGAGAAAGACUUCACGCCUAUUUCGAAAAGAGAAAGGGUAAGCAACCUGAUUCUGAAUUUGUUGCGGGAGAGAUGAGUCAUGAUCCGUACAUUGAUACUGAAGGGGCUGAUGAUAAUAUUAGAGAUACGCUUGCAGCAAGGUUUCAAGGGCAGGAGCAGGGGUGCCAUCCAGAAGUUAUGCCUGCUGACAUGUUCUUGUCGGCCUUAAGAAACUUAGAAAAUAAGAUGGAUAAAAAUUUUUCAGCAUUACAUAAGGAGAUCGAGGAGAGUGAUUUACUGAGUGAAGCAUGGCCUGCAGUUAAACUUGCAAAAGCCAGAGACCAGCAUGAAUAUGAUUUCCUCUCUAAGAUGGGCAGACGUUUAGAUAAGGCCAUUAAAUUGCUUCCUAGUAAUUUAAAGAAAGAUUUUAUCUGUAUUAGAGACGAUAUGGAAUCUAGAGCAGUUAUGUUGAGGCUUGCAAAUAAGAAAGGAGAUAUAAUAAUUGGGGUUAUAAGAAUAGGUACAAUAGGUACUAAUAUAAAAGGAAAAGAGAUAGUUAUUAUGACUCGUCUUUGUCUUCAGAUCCUGACUACAAGGGUUCCUUUCGCAAAAGUAAGAAGAGAGGUAAAAGGACGUGCACCUUUCAUGGAAGAGGACUUUAGAUCCUCAGAUCGUACCAAGGGAAUCACCUGUUUUAACUGCGGGGGUUUUGGUUAUGUUGCAACAAACUGCCCAUCAGCAAAUGCCAAGUCCCUCUCCAGAACCCAAAAAGAAGAUUGA